AUUGAUUUUCAAAUUAUUAAUCGUCCUGGCAUUUUUUUAGUUUGUAUAAAUAUCGAAUUCUAGCAUCGAAAAUAUCCAUAUGUAUUUUUCGUUGUAUCAUUAUAUUAAUAUUAAAACAAGUCUCUCGUUGUAAUUUUCAACUCCCUUAUGAUUAUUGAUAAUGCUUUUCUUCUGCUUAAUCGUUAUUUGCCUGUAUCUCAAUGAGUCCACUUUGGCUUUCACGCCUAACAACACAGUUUGGGGCCACAGCGCCGUAUUUGCAUAUUCUAGAAUAUAUUUUACAGGUGGUCUCUUUCCCAAAUACAAGGAUGAUUUUAAAGAAUCAACACUUUCCAAAGAAUUUUAUUAUUUAGACGUCGAGAAACCCUUUAAAGUCGGAGCAGGAGAUAAAUUACCUUGGGUGGAUCUUAGUUCCGUAUCGCAAAAUAUUCCAGCACAUACAUGGAGCGCCUUUUCAAACUGUGGACUUGAUAAUUCUCUAUUUUUGUAUAAUGGAGAACAAGGAACAGAUACUGCUACAGUCUACACUUACACAAGUUUACAACAAUGGAAUAUCUCUACGACCAUCAAUCCACCUCAAUAUAAUUUUCACAGCCAGAGCCAGACCGUUUGUGAUGUUAGAACUGGAAAAAUGUAUAGAUUUAGUGGACUCAAUCCGGGACUUCAAAUUAACCAAAUUAAUAAUUAUAUGGAUAUUUUGAAUACAUCGACGCUGGUGUGGGAACAUGUUAACAUUAAUGCUCAAGAAGGAAGGUACGAUCAUACGGGUACUUUAUUGCCAAACGGUUAUAUUGUUUAUAUAGGUGGUAAAUUACCUAACGGAGGAUUUGUGAAAAUGUCAGAGCUACUUUUGUAUAAUACAAAUAAUGAUACAUGGAUAUCUCAGAAAGCCACUGGUUAUUCGCCAACACCUCGUGCAUACCAUUCUGCCGUUCUGACUCAAGAUGGUCGUAUUAUCGUGUAUGGAGGUUAUACUGGUAGUGGUAGUAUUGUAAGCGAUGAUCUUGUGAUAUUAGAUACAUAUGAUUAUACAUGGUCAAAUGUGAAUGCUAUAGAUCCACCACCUUCACGUUUUUACCAUACGGCUACUUUGGUCGGUUAUUAUAUGUUCGUGGCUUUCGGAAAAACUAAUAAUGAAUUACCACUACCCACAUCAAAUGAAGUAUUUAUUUUAGACACGUACGAUAAAUCUAAUUACAAAUGGGUUAAUGAGUUUAAUCCAGAUCUUUCAGAUCGUCCGAAUCUUCCAGAUCAAAAUUUAUACAAAAAUCUAAGUACUCAAAACAGAUAUCUUGUCAUAGGAAUUAUAAUUUUAUCAAUCGUGCUUGCCUUGAUAGGGGCUUCAUUUCUUAUAUACUUUUAUUGGAAAAGAAGACAAUCAAGACCAGAUAUACGUGUAGCCUCAUCACAGGAAAGGAAAUAUAAUAAUCAGUGAUAACUUAAAAAUAUCAGUUAAAAUUAUUUAUCUCAUGUUUACUAAUUGGUCGCCAGUGAUUUUUUUGAUGAUAUAUUCAUGCCUGUAAUUUUUCUGAUAAUAUUUUUCAUGUUCACGUGUUUUUAUAAUUUAUUUAUACCUUUCCCACUCUUUCCCUCUUUCCCAUCACUGGACGUUAGUCUCCAUGAGAUAAAAGAGUUAUUUCAUGUGUCGAAUAAAUAUCAUGAUUUUCACGGCUGCGCCGUGA